CCAGAUUCAGAUGAGGAAACCACACCAAGACCCAGGGAAAGCCAACCCCAGGAAUUGGCAGUUCAUACCAGCUCAGGACAGUCCUCAGCAACAUUUACAUCCCCAUCUACAAGUCAGAGCCAAUUACACCACUGCUCCUUGACAUGCCUGAAGUCGGCGCCUUUGGACACCGCAACUUGGGGUGGAUCCGAACACUCAACCUCGUCCUCACAAACAGCACCCUCACAGCCCUCUUGUCCGCUCAUACAGAACCACAAAACAUCGCCAAGUAGAAUUUCCAUGCGACUUAGAACGAUGCCCACAAUUUUCGAGCUUCAAGAACUUCAUCGAAAAUCCCCAUCGAAGUCGAAAACCCUCAUGAGAGCCGAAUCAAUGCCUGACACCAAUCCGGCAACUGACAACACAUUGGUCGAAGGACGAAAAGUCUCUUUUUUCAAGAGCACGACAGAGUUACCUCCAGUUCCUCACACAAGAUGGAGUCCUAGAUGUUUGUCCGUACCCGAAUCAUUGCCUUCUUUUGACGGUACGCUUCCACCAAGAUCGGUGGGUAGUUCAGUUUUCGGUGGCGACCUCCAUCCGACAAAAAACCCGCAUUUGCGGUCGAUGGAGCAUAUCUCCGAUCGUGUACCACUUCCACACUUGCGACAGCACAGUCAGAAUGUAGUCCAAAAUACGUUACCUCCUGGCUCCAUCUACCCACUGACUCAGGUCUCACAACAGCCUACAAUGAAUACCGUUUCACGUGUGGAUGAGCAAUAUCUUACUAACUCAACACUACCAUCUUUUGGUACACGUGAUGACCCUCAACAGGUUGCUUACGAACGACGAUUACACUACGCUAAACAACCCGGUACCACCGCAUACACGACACAUAAUACAAUGCAAUUACAAACCUUACCAUCCGGAAUUCCUAACGCAAGAAAGCUUCAACCUGUGAGCCUGCACAAAAAACCAACCUUCACUCUCCAAUUUCCGGUCAACGUUGGUUACUGUUCCAGCCAACCACUAUCAUCUACAAAUCACGUGUCACUACUUGGAACGACACCACAAGCUAGAUCAACUUUUACUGGUAUUCCUCACUUGAUCCCUACUGCUGAACGGCGUCGUCCUGGAUUUGUAGAAUACACUAGUACCUUCUCUUCGUUUGGUCUUCAAGGUCCCGUCGCCACUGAUUCAUCUGCGGCUGUAACGGCUUGUGACAAAUCCGCCUUGACUUCCUGUUCUGCACUUCAACAUACGAGUACAAAACAGGGACUUGUAGAUAAAUAUGAUUUGUAUGGAUCCGGAUCACAAUGGUUUGGUUCAACUACCAACCCAGGGCACACUUUGAACAAUUCUGUUCGGUCCACAAGCAACGCCAAUCCUGUUUUCGGUGCUCGACAGUCGAAGGAAUCAAAUCACCUUCACCGUAUCCCUGAAAGAUUCCGAACGGCAACUCUUCAUCGCAGGUGAUUUCCCUGGAAUCAACUACCAGCACAACCUCACACAAGGGCUUCAUAAACUCGUCCCGCAACGUUCGAGCUGUGAUGGCGCGCAAGGUUUCAGUCCCAUGCGUCCUGCUACUGUAUCUCUUAUUUCCCUACCCUUUCAUAGCCCUUGCUUAUUCACUAUUCUGUAUUAGUUACGGAAACUUUUUUGUGCUCUGAUCCCACGACGCAGCACGUUUUUCACAUGCUAUACUGUUUUGGUCAUACGUGCCACAACCAUCACUGCUGUAUGACUAUGUAUAAAGGAACAAAAUCGAGCUCCG